AUGGACUACCAGCCGGUGGUGGUCGCGAGGCAUCCACGCCCGUCGUCCACAAAACACAAUGCAGAGUCAAAGUACUGGCGGCUAUUUAAGCAUCCUGUCUUCAUCAAGGAAUAUGCACCUAUCACUUCCGUUCAUUUCUCGCCUUCAAAGCCUCACAGAUAUGCCGUGACUGCCGCUACACGAGUGCAAAUUUACGCACCGAGAACCCAAAAGGUUACCAAGACUAUCUCGAGAUUCAAAGACGUGGCCCGGAGCGGCAACAUACGUGGAGACGGAAAACUGGUCAUUGCAGGGGACGAUACCGGCCUCAUACAGAUCUUUGACAUAAACUCGCGCGCUAUUCUUCGAACGCUGGACUCGCAUAAGCAGCCCGUGCAUGUCACUAAAUUCUCCUCCCUUGAUCAAACACGGGUGCUUUCAUGCUCGGACGACACCACCGUGAAGCUUUGGGAUGUUCCCUCUCAGUCGUGUAUCGCUACUUUUACUGACCAUACCGAUUACGUCCGCUCAGGGCAAGUGUCGACCUCCAGCCCUCACCUCAUUCUGACAGGCUCAUACGAUACUACCGUGCGGCUGUAUGACUCGAGAACGGGAGCAUGUGAAAUGCUGAUGGGAGGCGACACUGGUGAAGGAGGAAGUCAUAACACUGCUCCCGUGGAACAGGUUUUGAUGUUUCCCUCUGGAACUAUUGCAUUAUCAUCUGCAGGACCGAUACUACGUGUCUGGGAUCUAGUGGCUGGCGGUCGCUGUACGCGCGCUCUGUCCAAUCACCAGAAGACUAUCACCGCUAUGGUCUUUGACACCAAAGCAAGUAGGCUCCUGACUGGCGGGCUGGACCAGAUGGUGAAGGUGUACGACGUGAGCACAUACAAAGUCGUACACACAAUGCGAUACCCAGCUCCGGUUCUGUGCCUCGCAAUCUCGCCGGAUGAGACCCACAUAGCAGCAGGCAUGUCGGAUGGCACGCUAUCCGUUCGCCGUCGACAGCCAAAGGCUUCAGAGCCGGCUGCCGCAGACUUGAAUUCUGCUCUUCGUUCCAGCAAUUAUGAGUCAUACCUUGGGGGCACAAUACCUCCUAUAGGACAAGGCCGUGUACGUCAAAAGAUAAAAUCAAAACCAAUAGGCGAUGCGGACGAACUCAAGGUUGAGAGCAGACGAAAGAAGCGACUACGUGACUACGACAAGAUGUUGAAGGGGUUCAAGUAUUCCGCGGCACUUGACUCGGUUCUGAGAAAGGUUCCGCCAACUACAAAAUUCGCUCUGAUCCAAGAACUCAUUCACCGUGACGGUUUGCAUUCAGCACUCGCUGGCCGUGACGAUGUAUUACUGGAGCCAAUUCUUGGACUCCUUUUGAAGUACGUGGCGGACCCGCGCUUUGGCGAGAUGGUUUGCGAUAUGGCUGGCGUCGUAAUUGAAAUGUACACGCCAGUGCUUGGACAAUCUCCUCUUAUCGAUACCCUAUUCGCCAGGCUUCGCAAAAAGGUAGCUGCGGAACUACGCUUCCAACAAGAGCUUGUGAGAACGAAGGGGGCUCUGGACAUGCUCCUCUCGUCUGCCGCCCUGUUUGUAGUAGCAUAG